ACGCACAGCGUGACGUGGGUGUCCGCUGCAGCUCGCGCCCGCCCGGCUUCUCUGGACGUACAGGGCUGGCGCAAGGCGCGCGCAUGCUCGGCAGACAGGGCAGCUGGGGUCUCGUGGCGCUGCAAUCUGUUGCGCCGCCGCCCACAAGAGCCGGCAGAUCCGGGUCUCGUGGCUAAAGAGUGACGUGGUCAAUCGAAUCAAAACAGAGGAAGGGGAGGAAGCCGGCGGCCAGGAGCGGCGGCGGUAGCGGCGUCCGGAGCAGCCGCAGCAUUCCGGAAGCUCCAGGCGGUCUUUCUGCCGAGCCUUGGUCCCGGCCCCUACCCUCCCCGCCCCAUCGGUUGUUGUCUGGGCGGAUUUAAACAGUCAAGUAAAAUCAAGCCGGGUAAUCAUGGCAGAAGGUGGAUUCGAUCCCUGUGAAUGUGUUUGCUCUCAUGAACAUGCAAUGAGAAGGCUGAUCAAUCUGUUGCGGCAGUCCCAGUCCUACUGCACAGACACAGAAUGUCUUCAGGAAUUGCCAGGACCCUCUGGUGAUAAUGGCAUCAGUGUUACUAUGAUCUUGAUGGCCUGGAUGGUUAUUGCAGUGAUCUUAUUCUUACUGAGACCUCCUAAUCUAAGAGGAUCCAACCUAUCUGGAAAGCCAACCAGUGCUAACAAUGGGCAAGACCCACCAGCUCCUCCUGUGGACUAACUUUAUGAUAUUGGAAGUGAAAAUAGUUAACACCUUGCAAGACCAAACAAAUGAAGAUGACCAGAGUACUCUUAACCCCAGUAGAACUGUUUUUCCUUUUGCAUCUGCAAUAUGGGAUGGUAUUCUUUUCAUGAGCUUCUAGAAAUUUCACUUGCAAGCUUAUUUUUGCUUCCUGUGUUAUAACCAUUCCUAUUUACAGUAUAUUUGAGUAAAUGAUUAUAUUAAAAAAAAUUACAUGGGGCUUUUUUGGUUGUCCUAAACUUAAACAUUCCACUCAUUCUGUUUGUAACUGUGAUCAUAAUUUUUUUGAAGAUUUCUGGCCUGAUUGAAGGAAAUUUGAGAGCUCUGCAUUUAAAUAUUUUAAAUAGUUUUGGUAGGUUUUUAAAUUGCUUUUUAAAAUAAGGUAUUUAUAAAGUUACUUAGGGUUGUCUGAGAUUGUAUGGAAGAAACUUAGAACCACACUGUAUUUACAUUGACUUUGGUAGUUUAUUUGUGGAUGGCAGUUUUCUCUAGUUCUUGGGACUGUAGCAGCUCUUAGAAUAUUUUAUAAAUUUCAGUUGAAAUCUGUAUCAUCUAUUACAACUGGCCCAGGUGGCUAGAAUAGGAGGAGAGAAAAAAUGAAAUGGUUGUUUACUAAUUUUUCUACUCCUAUUAAAAAUGUCUAAAGUAAUGAAAAUUUGAGUAAACAUCAUUGAUGAUUUACAGUCCAUUAUCUGACAUUUGUAAGUCACUGUGCACUAGCCUUACAAGGUUUAUGAGAGGAGGAAAAACUAAUUCUUUCUGCCAUUGUAAUCUAUAUAGUAAUUAUUUAAGCUAUAAUUUAUUUUUAAAAUGAGUGCCUCUGGGGAAGCUUCUUUUCUGUUCUAACACUUCCCUAUCUUAAAGGUGUAUCAGGGCCUGUUAGGUUACUGACAUUUGAAUGCCUAUUUACUUCAUUUUUUUAUUUGAAGAAAAAAUUGAGGCUUUUGUUAUGCUUCUGACUUAUAAAAAUCUUUAAUAAAUCCUUGGUUUAUUCCAAGGAAAAAUAAGGAAAAUGAGAACAAUCAAGGAUCUUUUUCUCACCCCUUGUCUCAUUUCUCUUUGGUAAUGGGAUGGAUUAAUUAAUUAAUUAAUGGGGUGGGAAGGAACUGUAAGUGAAAUUUUCAAAUGUAUAAAAUAGUAGAAGGUUGCAUUGUUUUGCUCAUUUUGGAAAAAAGUCAGUAUAAAUAGCAUUUAAAAAUCUGCGUGACCUGCAUGGUUAUGGAAUUUUUUUCCUAGCAAGUGAUUGCAGAUGAUUUGGGGGAAGUAGAAGAUAUUUUGCUAGCAAUGUAAGGAUCUUUUUCUCUUAGGUCAGUCUAACUUUUUACUGUAUAGAUCUGUUAAAUUACUUGUAUGAAUUAAAUAAACUUCUUUGUAUCAUUGUACUGCUUAAUAGUCUCUGAUACAAUUGUGUGACACGCAUAGGCUAUAUUUUCCCUUUCUGACUACAUUCUAGGCCACAAACAUUGUUAAGGCAUCAUUUCAUUAUAUAUUCCAAUAUUGACUGCUUGAAUUUCUCCUUAGCUUUGUGCUCAACUUCUUGAAAUAACAAACAACUCUUAAUUACUUGUGCUAAUAGAAGGUAACACAGGUAAGUUAUAUCCUGGAUAAACAAAUACCAUAGAGUAAAGGUUUUGUUCUUUUGCUGUGGCCUACUAGAAGGCUUCCUAGCUCUGUAGUUGGUAAAGUAUUGAAAGCAGAAAGCACCAGAACAGCAUAAAAUGGAGCUAACUCCCUUUUUCUGCCCUUGUCCCUUGAACUUUGAAGGGUUGACCACAUAUCCUAACAAUCUGUUGUUCUCUGAGCUGCUAGGAAGCCAGUCCCUGGCAGAGAUAACGGAUGUAGUCACUGAACCUGUAGCCUGCAAAUAAUUGAGAAUGGCUUUGGUAGAAUAAGUUGCCAGAACAUGGAUACAGAAUGUUCAGUAUUAGACACUUGAAAAUCUGGAUUCUUAUUCCUAGUUCUGUCACAUAUACUUAAUUGACAUAUUAUAAGCGUUUUCAUAUAUGGGCCAUUUAGUUAGUAACAAAUGUUCUUGGUGAAAUAUUUAGUCUUGGAUUUUUUUGCUUGUAAAAUUUCUCUGCAUUUCUGAGACAGUGUACUGCACAUACUCUUGUUAAUCUAACUAGUAAUUUCUAUUUAAUUCUUAAAGCUUCUAUGUGUGGCCUUUUUAUGAGUACACCCUUAAAUCAUUACUUAGCUUGUAAAUAUCCAAUGAACUGUGGUUAUAAUUUUUAAAAAACUAGUCU